AUGAAACAUGGUAAAGGUUCAAAGAAAUCCACGAAGGUUGCACAACCUAAGUCUGAUCAUGUGACAAUGGAAAAGGAGGUUACAAAGCCUGUUCAAGAUCUUGUUGUUCACGAAACUCAAAAGGGAGUGGUUCCUUCAAAAACAAGAGUUCUUAAAAGAACCAAGAAGCCAGCAUACAUGCCUCAUCAUUCACCAGAAAGGCCCAUUGUUGAAGAAAUUCUUGAGAAGCUUGUUUCUACACCAAAGGAGAGUGUUGUUUCGAAGUUCAAGAAAAUUCUCUAA